AUGAUACCAAUAAAGUCCAAUUAUAUAGGCAAAUACCUUGUUAGUAACAAUUUCCAUAACCAUUUUGCGGAAAAGAUUAGCCGGACCGCAAGACCACCUGUGCUGUUGGAAACGGAAGGCCUUAAAUGUACUUGGAAGUUCACUCUUCACCUAUGUUACAAAACACAAAUAUAUAUGUCACCUAAGUAUAGAAAUUUCCAGCCCUUGAGACCAGCUCGAACGGCAAGAUCCAUGUCCUCAACUGUCGUUCGGUCUUUCCAUCCUCCGGCCUCUGGAUCACUAUUCACUAUUGUUCCCUCCACCAAUCUGACCACGGGAAUAACACCACGUGCUGCAUUUAACACAGCUCUACGCCUCUACCCCUACACUGACAUCAGCCAGCUCUAUAACUGCCCUUUGUCUGCUUAG